AUGGAGAAUGGGCAAUACGUCGAUGGUAGUUGGUGGUUCUUCGCCCCAAACAAAGGGGCGCCAGUCUUCUUCACAGUCGCCUUUCUUGCCACUGGCUCUGUUCAUCUCUGGCAAACAAUACAUCAUAAGAGCUGGAGACUCACUGGCCUUUACACUAUCUGCGCUCUAUUGUUCGCCGGCGGUUUCGUGUUGAGGAUAUUAGGAGCAUUCGACUACACGAAUCUCAUCUACUACAUUGUCAGCAUCUGCCUCUCUUAUGCUGCUCCGCCGCUGUAUGAACUAGCCAACUAUUACAUACUCGCUCGCAUACUCUACUUCGUCCCUUACCACUCGCCCAUCCAUCCCGGCCGCGUGUUGACCACAUUCGCUGCCAUCUCCUUGAUCAUCGAAACCUUGAAUGGGAUAGGUGCAUCUUACAUGGCGAACCAAACACUCCCGCAGGAAUUACAGCAGACGGGUCACUCGCUAAUCAAGGCCACCUUGAUAAUGCAACUCAUCGUAGUAACCCUUUUCAUCGCGCUUGCCACGACUUUCCAUACAAAGUGUCGGCGCAGCGGCAUACAUCAUGCCAAGAUUAACCAGCCGCUUUUAACCCUUUAUGUCAGCAGCGCCAUCAUCAUGGUCAGGUGUAUUUACAGAACGGUCGAGUUUUUCGAGAUCGACGGCCAGAACCAGACGUCACCCGGAUUUAGCCCUUCAACACUCAGCCCUAUCAUCCGCUAUGAGUGGUUCUUUUACGUUUUCGAAGCAACUCUUAUGCUGUGCAACAGUGUGUUAUUGAAUGUUCGCCAUCCACGUCGCUGGCUCCCCCAAACCACCAAAGUCUAUCUCGCCAAGGACGGUGUGACAGAAAUAUACGGCCCAGGAUACAAGCAGGAAAGAAACUUCUUCUCCACACUCGUUGAUCCCUUUGACAUAUACGGCAUGAUUAAAGGCAGAGACAACACAACGCGUUUUUGGGAGGAGGCGGACGAGGUAGUGGAGUUGAAGACGAGCACUAACCCAGAGCCACCACCGACGCCUCUGAGACAGACUAAUCAAUCGGUGUAAGAUGCUUCGACAAGCACCCACGUGCCCUGAAGAAGCUAGGACCCGUUCUUCAAUCAUCUUCAUUACUAUGGUACGAAGAAUAAGAACAGCAACCCGUUGAUGAGGGUUCUUAGGGCGGUGAGGCAGUGAGGUAAUGAGAAUACUGUCAUUGUGCUUUAUCCCACGGCGACAGAUAUAUCAUGAUCAUGUACUGACACGUUUUUGAUUUGGCAAGGGCUGACUAUAAAGGGGGCUGGGGACUUUGGAUCAGUCGAAGGAGCCAACGCGAAGUGGUAC